AUGAAGGAUCGCACGCAGGAACUACGAAGUGCUAAGGACAGUGACGAUGACGAGGAAGUCGUUCAUGUCGACCGAGACCACUUUAUGGAUGAAUUUUUCGAACAGGUGGAGGAGAUCCGCGGCUGUAUUGAAAAGCUGUCAGAGGAUGUGGAACAGGUGAAGAAGCAGCACAGUGCCAUCCUAGCAGCACCAAACCCUGAUGAAAAGACUAAGCAGGAGUUGGAGGACCUCACAGCUGACAUUAAGAAGACAGCCAAUAAAGUGCGCUCUAAAUUAAAAGCUAUCGAACAAAGUAUCGAGCAAGAGGAAGGGUUGAACAGAUCAUCUGCAGAUUUGCGGAUCCGCAAGACACAGCAUUCCACGCUGUCACGCAAGUUUGUGGAGGUGAUGACAGAGUACAACACCACGCAGUCCAAAUACAGGGACCGCUGCAAGGACCGUAUUCAGAGACAACUGGAAAUUACUGGCAGAACAACUACCAAUGAGGAGCUGGAAGACAUGUUGGAGAGUGGGAAGCUUGCAAUCUUCACUGAUGAUAUCAAAAUGGACUCCCAGAUGACCAAGCAGGCACUAAAUGAGAUUGAGACCCGACACACUGAGAUCAUUAAGUUGGAGAACAGCAUCCGUGAGCUGCACGAUAUGUUUGUGGACAUGGCCAUGCUGGUGGAGAGUCAGGGAGAGAUGAUUGACAGAAUUGAGUAUAACGUGGAACACUCUGUGGACUAUGUAGAGAGAGCGGUUUCUGACACCAAGAAGGCUGUCAAAUACCAGAGUCAGGCACGCAAGAAGAAGAUCAUGAUCAUCAUCUGCUGUGUAAUUUUGGGAGUGGUUUUGGCGUCCAGUAUCGGAGGAACCCUGGGCUUCUAA